AUGCCCGUGCCAAUGUUCAAAACGACUUCCGAUGUUUUCUCUAUGGGCCCUGACUCUACACCUCAGACAAAAAGAAGAUACGCCAACAAAGCGGCCUAUGACCACUACAUGAACUCGGACGCCUUUUUGAACUGUAACGCAUUGCGCAAUUCUCAAAGCACCACCAGGCCACCCUACAUCGUCACAUGGAGCGAAUCAGCCCUCCUAUCUCGACCCGAUCGGCUUCCCUCUUCAGCUCCCAGACCUACGGAAUCGGACCUUCGCAAUCGAGUCGAACAUCCAUAUAUCCUCUUCGCAACCAUCACAGACUCCAAUCCCAAGCACAUCGGAGAGCUAGAACCAUAUGGAGCCGCCAUCGUCGAUUCCGCGACUAAGAACGAGCCGGACACAAUCUUCUAUGCUGAUGCGAGGCCGCUGGACCUUGAGACGGGCCAGGUUACUGAUAGUCUGACAGGUGAAAAGGACGGGUUCAUCUGUGCGUUGGAGGUGUAUGCAAGCAAGGAGGCUUGUGAUGCGCAUUUGCAGGAUGAAAGUGUCAAGAAUCUGGCUGUUCAAGGGCAUAAGCUGGGUAGCCGGUUUGAGCUUGUGCCGAUGGUUAUGAAAGAGGGCUGGCUGGUUAGAGAAUAG